AUGCAGACUAAGACAGUGGUGAACGCCAUACUAAGCAAAAGCAAACCCGUGAUAGCUUUGGGCAAAAAAUUCUUUUACACACAAAUCAAUCAGAAUUUGGAGACGGCUUACGAUAACGGCUCGCGAGUGAUGGUCGACAAUCUAUGGCUCAGGGAUGGACAGGAAGGCAUAUCUGCAUUCAUUGGCAAACGACCGGCGCAUUGGUCUCAUAGCGCCGAUAGGAUUGAGUGAAUGUGCAUAACGUUUAUGGCAAUAAAAUUAUUGUUUAAAACCAAACGCUGUAUUCAAUUCGCGUAUAAGUUAUGGUUUGAAUAUUUUGUGAAUUAUUACGGAAUAUAUAAAAUGCACUUUUUAUCGUA